AUGUUCCGAAACCUCUUCCUAACAGCCAUAGCCGUCGGCGCUGUACACGCGCAGACGGCUUCCUAUACUGGCUGUCAUAACCAUGGCAGUGUCGAAUACUGCUUCGGUCCUGACGGCGAGGAGACUGCCAUGUCGACGCAGGCUGCGUCCACCGCGACGUCCGUGUCGGCCAGCACAACGUCGUCGGCGGACUCGGCUGCCAUCACGGGGUGCCAUAGCCACGGAGACGAUGUGUACUGCAUUGAAAGCGACGGCUCGGAAGUCCAGGUGUCCAUGGAGGCGACUCCAACGGGUGAGAUGCCUGCCGAGUAUACGGGGUGUCAUUCUCACGGAGAGGAUCGGUUCUGCAUGGAUCCCGACGGCAAUGAAGUCCAGGUCCUCGCAGAAGGCGAGUCCACGUCUGAUAGCGGAGACAGCGAGUCUGGGGAUAGUGGAGGCAUGAAUUGUCAUUUCCAUGCAGGUGUUGAACACUGCGUCGGAGAAGGCGAGUCCGAACACUCCAGCGAGCCGUCCUGCGGCGUACAGACCCGUGACUACGACAUGCCCUUGCGAAUCGGCACGCUGUUCGUGAUCCUCGUCACCAGCGCAUUGGGUGUCUUCCUGCCCAUGCUGCUAGUCAAGCUGCCCUUCCAGAAGAUCAACACAAUGUUCUCGACGAUCGUCAAGCAGUUCGGAACGGGUGUGAUCAUGUCGACGGCCUUUGUGCAUCUCUACACCCACGCCAACCUCAUGUUCACCAACGACUGCCUCGGCGAGCUCGAAUACGAAGCCACCACCUCCGCCAUCGUCAUGGCCGGAAUUCUCCUCUCCUUCCUCACCGAAUACAUCGGCCACCGGAUCCUCCUGGCCCGAAGCCGCCGAAACGCCGCCUCCUCCUCCUCCCCCGACAGCCCAACCAUGACCGAAACAGGCUCUAACACCCAAAAGCCCACCCCAGACGCCCCAUCCCAUCCUGGUGCCUCGACCCUCGCCCACCUCGGCCACAGCCACGGCCCACACGACCCGACCCAACCCAACACCAAACUCUCGGUGCUGGUCAUGGAAGCCGGCGUGAUCUUCCACAGCAUCCUCAUCGGCCUCACGCUCGUCGUAGCCGGCGACUCCUUCUACAAGACGCUCCUGGUCGUGAUCGUGUUCCACCAGUUCUUCGAGGGGUUAGCGCUCGGCGCACGCAUCGCCAUGCUGCCCGGCCGCAUCCUGCCCAGCAAGGCGAUCAUGGCGACGAUAUUUGCGCUGAUCACGCCGAUCGGCAUGGCGAUUGGGAUGGGCGUCAUUCACUCAUUCAAUGGCAAUGAGCGCAGCACGUUGAUUGCGUUGGGGACCUUGGAUGCGCUGUCGGCGGGUAUUUUGGUCUGGGUUGGACUAGUGGAUAUGUGGGCGAGAGAUUGGGUUAUUGAAGGAGGUGAGAUGUUGAAUGCGCCGUUGGGGCAGGUCCUUACGGGUGGUAUCUCGUUGAUUGCGGGCAUGGUGUUGAUGUCGUUGUUGGGGAAGUGGGCUUAG